GAGGCGCAAUGGAGCGCGCGAGGGUUUUUAGAGGAAACGAUGCCAGAAAACAAAAUCGCUUUUAGGUAGCAUUGCCCUAUAGUUCCCUUAAGUCUCGGCUAAAGGGUCCCAUCUGUUUUCCUCACCCCUCUCUCUGCAUCAUCCAAGCUAAGUCGAUGUCUGCCCUUAACUCUCACAGCCCGUUUUCCUGCCCGCCUCUCAGAUCCCCUCCCCUUUGGGGUUUUUGCGGGUAGGGCCUGUGGCCGGUACCUCCCUGCAUCUCACGCUCCCCGUUAUCUGCGUCGCCUGGAGGAGGUGUUUGCCACUUGAGAAUGGGCGCCCCAAUGAAGCAAGGCGCGCCUGGGCCUUCUUUAACAGAGCUGCACUUCCUGUUCUCUUCGUCACUGCAUCCAGAGGGGCCCGGUAAGGGGAGGAGGCAUUGCCUCCACUGCAGCAGCUGUACCCACCAUGCAGAGCAUCAAGUGUGUGGUGGUGGGUGAUGGAGCUGUGGGCAAAACAUGCCUGCUGAUCUGCUACACGACUAAUGCCUUCCCCAAGGAAUACAUUCCCACAGUGUUCGACAAUUACAGCGCCCAGAGUGCAGUUGACGGGCGCACAGUGAACCUGAACCUGUGGGACACAGCGGGCCAGGAGGAGUAUGACCGUCUCCGCACACUCUCCUACCCUCAGACCAACGUUUUUGUCAUCUGUUUCUCCAUUGCCAGUCCACCCUCAUAUGAGAAUGUGCGGCACAAGUGGCAUCCAGAGGUGUGCCACCACUGCCCUGACGUGCCCAUCCUCCUGGUGGGCACCAAGAAGGACCUGAGAGCCCAGCCUGACACCCUACGGCGUCUCAAGGAGCAGGGCCAGGCACCCAUCACACCGCAGCAGGGCCAGGCACUGGCCAAGCAGAUCCAUGCUGUGCGCUACCUCGAGUGCUCGGCCCUGCAGCAGGACGGCGUCAAGGAAGUGUUUGCUGAGGCUGUCCGGGCGGUGCUCAACCCUACUCCCAUCAAGCGUGGGCGGUCCUGUGUCCUCUUGUGACCCUGGCACUCAGCUUGGAGGCUGCCCCUGCUCCCCCCCACCAGUUGUGCCUUGGCGCCUUAUCUGCCCCCAGCUGUGCCUUAAAGACUAAUCGUGGCACCCCUUGCCAGGGGGCUCCCUAAAAGCCUUUUUCUCUAGAAGGAGGCCCACAGGAAAAGGGGUUUCGGGCCCUGCUGCACUCUGCUUGGGAACGCCAGGUAUUCUUGAGAAAUCAAGCCAAGAAGCCAACCCAGAGCUCCCUCUCUGUUUUCCCUUACUGACCAUUGGCUCGAGCUUUCCGCACAGAUGUUGCUGCCUGUCGUGGUACCUUAUGUCAGGUUAGCUCUCAGCCAUCCCUAACCUCUCCCUCUGUCCCUCGCUGCCCUUUGAAUUGCCCCUACCCAAUCCCAAGAUGCUCUCCCUCCCCCAGAGAAUGAGCCACAGGAUUAUGAGAUGGAUGUGUCCUAACCUGCCCCCAUGUCCAGGCCUUAUGCAUCUGCUGAUUGAUUCAUCCCCAGCCCCACCCCCCAGAGUCCUGGGGGCCUUUCCUACCCCCAUCAGCAUCAAUAAAACCUCCUGUCUCCACUGGCCCCGGCUCCUCCCUAUGUGCUGGACAUUGGGGGUUGGGCAGGGACCAAACAUGGGCUGGGGCUCCCCAGAGACUGGGAGCCUUUUGUUUCAUGUAAGAGGGGACAGAAGACAAUAGACUUCAUUGUGGUCCCCCACCCCCCAAUUUCCCUAACAAAGCUCUGGGCUCCCUUGGAGGGGCCAAUCUUGCUCUGGGUGCCAGCUACAGAAUUUGUAGUAGACUGGGAUAUAAAACAGGAGGAAAGACUUCCUGAUCUGGCACUCAGACAGGGAGAGGUUGAGAGCCAUCAACCUGCAGGCAGGUGCUCUCAGUCAUGCCAUGAGCGGUGCCCUUCAGCACAUGUCCGAUCUUUACUGACAGAAUUGGAGGUAGACCACAGACCUUUGCCUCAACACAAGAUUCCCAGGUAUCCCAGCUUCCAGGCCUGGAGACAUUACAGAAAUAGGUUCCAAAACAGGGGCUUACACCAGCCUUAGGAGACUCCAGGCUUAAGGGGCAUGGGAGACAGCAUUUGCAAUCAUGUACUCUCAUGAACUUACUCCUUCUAUCUUGGAGACUGCCCUCACCUCAGUUCCAUUAAACAAAAUGACAAGCCCCAAGACAAGCCAGCCUAGUCCAGACUGUUGCACAAGAAAAAAUUUUUAUUUUCCUGUAAAAUAAAAUGUACAACCAAAAGAGCUCAGAGCCUGGGGCUUGAGGGAGGAUUGGGGGGCACAAGAGAGCCCAUUUAGGAGUAAGACACUUUGCCCCCUGACCCCAUUUUCCCACAUUUUGUGUAUAUGUAUAAGCCAGAGAGCUCAGAAGGGAAGGGAAAUGCACACUGUGCCCAUGCUGCUUCUGGGUCAGGUCAUCCUUUGGGCACAAACACCUACGGUGACAUCAGAAUCAGACUGGCAGAGACCCUGGAAUUUAUAUAGCCCACCCAGCCUGCAUCAUCACAUGGACCACUGAGGCUCAGAUAGGGAAGGUCAGAUCAAAUCAAAAAAUUGUAUUCAGGACUAGAAGACCUUAUCAACCUUAGCAGGUAUCUUUGGCCAGAGGCCUGGAUGUGCAAAGUAGAUCACAAGCAUAUUAGUCAAGUGAAUGACCCCGUACUGUAGAGAGAAAUGGCUGUGGUUUUCAGGUAGCAGCCACUGCUCACUCAGCGGUCUGACCUCAGCGAGAGGUGGCAAUGUAAAGGCCAAGACCAGAUGGUGGUUAUGAACCUCAGGACUUUUUUUAGCACCAGAGGGUGGAGCUCUCCUGUCGGCUUAGCUUCUUGGGGCCUCUCCACUAAUGGUGAUGCUGCUUGAAGGCCCCCAUGUCUUCAAGUGGACUGAGGGAAUGGAGAAACCAGCAGGGCUGGGUAAAGCUUCAUCCUAUGCCUAUCCUCACUUUUCCCCUCCCUCAGCUUCAGUAGGGCCCAGACAGGACAUGGGGUAGGGAAGGCCAGAGUGUUAUCUUGUUUCUAGUUUCUGGGCAGUGGCUCUCCUCUCCAAUAAGCGAGGAUUUAAAAUCGCUUUUCCUCAGGCUGGGAGGUGAUGAGCAGCUCCUUGUUCCCGAAGUCCCACCAGGCCGUCAUGUGGAAUGCCAUGUUGGUUAGGACAACGGUGUACUCCAGGACGGCAAAGAUGGUGUACACUGUUUGGAGGACACAAACAACAAAGUAGGGUGAGCUUUCUGCCACCCCCUCAGGGGCCUUGAUAAGUUACUGCCACCAUAUCACUACACAGGGAACACGAUGGCAGCCAGCCCCCAGGCCACCACCAUAUGGCACAUUCCAGAAAACAUCCCACCUGUCCUAUAGCCACUGUGACCACCUAUGGAUCCUAGCCCAGCCUCACCUCCAGCUUCACAAUACAUGUUGUGCCGAAAGUAGACAGCCAGUGCCGUGAAGAAGGAGAUGAAGUUGAUGAUGAAGAGCCGUUGUUUCCAGUUAUAGGACUUGCGAUCCUAGAGGAUGGGCUGUGUGAGCACUUUGCCACUUACUGGUUAUGUGUGGGCAGCCUCCCCUCUUAGCGCCAACUUCUAAGGGCUGAGUCUAACCUCCUGUGGUCAUGUAAGAGGGCACAGGCAGCGGGCAGCAAGAAUGAUAGGCAUCCCUGCAUUUGUGGGGGGAGGGUAAUGAGGUCACACUGUGUCCCUAUCCCUCUCACUCUGGGGGAGAUGAAGUAUGGAAGUUACUUGGAGUCACCCACCAACCCAACACUUCCAGAUACUAUGGGAAGAAGAAAAGUAUGUAUUACAGACCACGGUCCCCUGACUAUUCCUAAUCUACUGCAGCCUGGGGGCUGCUCCCCACUUUAUCCCCCACUUGGAGCCUCUCUCUUCUAUUCUCUACUUUCCCAUACUACCCAAAUAUAGUCUUGAUGCUGGUUAAUCACCCUUUGUGUGUCCCCACACCCCAAUUCCAGCCCAGUUCCCAUUAGGGCUCCAGUUUCAACGUCACCAUUAUGAGCAUCAUGAGGACUAGUGUCCUUGUUUAUCCUCUGGGUCACCGAGCGCCCCAUAGGGGUAAACCGUACCUCUUGACUUACUGUGUGCUUCUUGGUCAGCCGCCACAGAAUGCAGGUGAGAAGCAUGUGACUGAGGGAUGAGGCGAUGAACACAAUGAAAGCAUUUUCAUGGAUGGCUGAAGGGAGAGAGGGGGGUUGGAAGCCCACAUAGCAGGGAGCACCCAAACCCCUACUUCUGAAGGUCCAAUGCAUGGGGGGAGUCCCUCCCCAAACCCUCCCCCAUUCC